AUGGGCCGCAUCGUCGUGACUGGCGGCUCCGGCAAGGCGGGCCAAUCGAUCAUCGCCGAACUUCUUGAUGCCGGGCAUACGAUCCUGAACCUGGAUCUCAUGCCGAUGGGCCAUUCCUCCGUAUACACCUUGAAAACUGACCUGGCCGACAGUGGGCAGGUAUUCAACGCGCUUUCAGGCCAAUGGACUCUCACUGAGCCCUUCCCCGAAGGGCUGCCACCACGACCGGAUGCCGUGAUUCAUAUGGCUGGCUAUGCUCGUAACAUGCUGGUGCCCGACAAUGAGACCUUCCGGGCGAACACCCAGGGCACGUACAACAUCAUCGAUGCCGCCUGCAAGCUCGGCAUCCGCAAGAUCAUCAUCGCCAGCAGUGUGACUGUCUACGGGGUGUCCUUUGCGCAGGGUGACGCCAGCUACACCUCGUUCCCGAUCGAGGAGGAUCAGGAUGUGAAUCCAACGGAUACCUACGCGAUUGCCAAGCUCUGCAACGAGCGGGUGGCACGCGGCUUCGCGACCCGCUACGGCGCUGACAUCUACAUCCUGCGCAUUGGGCAUGUCAUUGGACCGGAGGAGUACAACGAGGACAUCUUCUAUAGCUAUGUGCACGAGCCGGAGCUAUGGAAGGUGCACGGCUGGUCAUACACCGAUGCCCGGGAUCUAGGGGGCAUGUGCGAAGCGGGUUUGCAGAAGUCGGGGCUAGGGUUCCAAGUCUUCAAUGCCACCAACGAUACGAUCACCAAUCCUAACCCAACGGAGCAGUUUCUGCGCGCCCAGUUUCCUGGCAUCCCUAUUACCCGGGCGCUUGAGGAGUUCGAGGCGCCGCUGUCAAAUGCAAAAAUCAAGCGGCUGCUCGGCUUCCGGGAGAAACACCCGUGGCGGAAGCAUUUUACCCUGUGGGAAAAGAAGCAGGUGGUGGUGUAG